AUGGUGGGGGUUCAGGACUGGGGCUCCUUCGCCCUCUCUGUCCGGGACAUCUUCCAAAACAGCCCAACCACAGCCCGUUUUUGCAUGAAGUACAGAAGGAGCGAUUCUCUGUUGAGGGUGAAGGUGACGGAUGGCCGCACUCAACAGCAAAUGCUGGCGGCCCCUCAUCUCGUGCUCGAGGCAGACCGCAGCAGCAGCGCAAACCCCAGCAGCAGCGCAAACCCCAGCAGCAGCAGCAGCAGCAGCAGCAGCAGCAGCAGGGGAGUUGAGCGAGAGGCUCUUGGGGGAGCAGCAGCACUCCAGCAGCCGGGGGUUUUUGGUGUGGCGCUGCAGCUGCAGCAACCUCGGAUAUCAAUAAAAAACAAACAAAAUAUAUGA